AUGUCUUCAGGCUCGAAGAGAGUUGCUUGGCCACCACCACCAGACAGCUCUUUAUAUGCAUCUGAACCUGUUGAAUAUCAUCAGGAGCCUCAACAGCAGAUUCAACCGCAAUAUCAAGCAAUAAGUCAGCAACAGCAAUCGCAGCCUGCUCAAAAACAACAGGUAAUGUAA